GCGCUGUGGAGGAUAUGCUGACGGAAAGGUCCGACGGGUUCUCGAAGACUCUAAGGACGGAGACGGCACGCAUCCACGAGUUCCAUACGCAGGUACUGGACUUGAGCCGCCGCACAGAGGCGUCGGAGGCGCGAGCGCGUGCUUUGGAAACUCAGUUCUGGGAAACUGUAGGCGAUCUGCGCGAUAAACUUGAAAAUUUGACGGAAACUUCUGCAGGCAGGAUGACGACCGGGAUGACGAAUCCUAACACUAACGCUAUGGAGGGAGACAAUUUUUUUGCUAGCGAUGGACGGAACACGAUGAACGUUGCAGAAGAAAGCACGAACUUUUUCGCCAUGUUGCGUUCGUCUGCUCGAGGGAAUCGGUCACUAAGAAUGAGCGGCCAUCCGCACAGACGAGGUGACUCGCGUGCGACGGGAAUGAAGAUGCUGGAUGAAACUGCGAUUGCAAGUCUGGUACAAAAGGAGACGAGUACAUUGAAAGAGAAGAUUGCCGAACUGGACGAGCAUUAUUUGGAUCUUCGUGGAAAUGUUGUGGUCCUCCAGGGCUGGAUGGAUAGCAUGGACGCAAUGCAAGCCGAAGCAGCAGCGACAGCGAGAACGCAUCCGCUUGGAAUCACGGCAGCAACGCUUUGCGGUGUAAAAACGGGACCUAGAGGCGGCGCUGCUUCGAGAGUAUGCAGUCCAAAUAUUCCACCUACAAAUCAAACUGGAAUAGGAGUUCAACAACAUGUAGUUGAGGUACGGCAAGCCAGUAAUGACAGCAGCGACAGCAGCGGGAACGCUUCGAUGUCAUCAGAUGUGCUGCAACGAGUAACGCACCGCGUUUUUGGAUCCCUGGAACAUAGUGAUGCGCCAAAUCUGCACAAGGUAGAAUAUCCAGCACAACAUUUUACCAACUCCGCUAUUGUGUCGCGGGUUUCAUCUCCGCGCGCACACAACGAGACAUCUGGUGGCUCCUCCAGCAGCUCCUGUCGCGAUGUCGAAAUGGGUUGCGCAGAAUCGGGUUGGAACCAGAAUUGUGCUACUAGCGUAGCGGCGACCUCUGUCCCGGCAACCGUCAUGGAAGAUAUGGCGAGAUUUUUGUGUGCCACUUGGCAUAGUGUGCACGAUCGAGAAGACAUUUUGAGGCGCUUAAAGAUGUGGCUGAGGCAACGUGAUGCAAAUACAACAAGCGAAGGAACGGAUGCUGUUUCUAAUCCGACAAUGAGGCAGACUGCCCGGCCUUUGGCGAACACUGAGAUGAUAGGCAGAAGUACUGUAUCGACGCCAGGCAUGGCGUUUUCAGUAGUUCGCACGCCACGAGUAUACGGGCACCAAGAUAUUCUUCUCGAUCACCACUUUUUACGCAGCAGUCCAAUACGAUUGAAGUCUGAAAAAAAUAGGCCGCGGCAAUUGAGACCAGUGUCAUCGCCAGCGCGGACCCGACUGACGAGCGCGUCACCGCGCGUGUUCUUAGCGGUUAGACAAUUUCAGCCGGUCUCGCCUUUACAACGCAGCACUGAUCUUUACGGAGGCGAUGUCGCUGGCGUUAUAUCAUCUUUAGGAGCCACGAGUAAAAUGACGGAAACUUCUACAGGCAGUGCUGCCAGUGACCAAAGGUCUCCCGAAGGACGUGGCUUACGCAGUCAAACAAAACGAAUGACCAGUGCGGAGAUGCGUAGAAGAACAUUUUCCUCUUUUCUGCAAGAGCGCGCUGCAGAAGUCUGUGAGCAAACACUGCGGCCAAAUUGGCACUGGAGUGGGGCAGAAAGGAAAGCGGGGAAUCAUCAUGGUAUUAGCACGUACAACAGAAGCACAUCUGGUGGUACAGCCUCUACCUCUAGAGUUGCGGGAUUACGUGAUCAUGACCCAAGAACAACUCAGCACCAUGUUGACGCCCCACUUGCACCCUCCGGCGCUAACAAGCCUGGAUGGCAGCGCUUGAAAAAUGCCGUGACCGAACUUCGCACAGUGAACUUUAACGGGCCACGUUCUGCUAUGCUUAAGCGUCCGUCGUCGAAUAAAGUUCUCGUCCAUGGUAGCCAGACUUCAACACGAGCUGGUGGCAUGUCCUUCGCUGCUGUCAGAACAAGUGGCGGUGCUGCUUCGGUCUCUCUCUCCCUGUCGGCAUCCCCCGGUAACUCACCAAUGGAAGGCGCCAGUCAUCAGGCCGAUCCAGUGGAUGCGUGUCAUGGAGAUUUAGGGUCACAUUGGCGACGUCGUCUCCGUAUCAGGACCCCGGAUUCGCCCACACCGCCAGAUGAUCCCUUUAUUGUGCUAUCUGGCAGAAGCCUGGCGGCAGCCUCGGCAAGGACUACGCCAGGAGACCCCGUGCUCCGCGAUAACAAGUAUAGAGUAGCAUCUUCAAGCAUCUCCGCCACAAGUGUUAGACCGGAGCAUUCUCAUCCUGUGUCAAUCACGCUACGACUGGCUGGCAGUAACAGUUUGGCGAAGAAAGAGUUACAAGAAGAAAUGGAAGAGGAAGAUGAUUAUGGCGUUGGCGACAAUGUGCUAGAUGAAGCUACAGUGGGUGCCCAGGGGACGAACAACAAAAAUGCUGAUACAAGAAUCAACGAGGAAAGCACAUCAGACAACAAGACAGACUCAAAGGAGAGUACCGCACCAGUGCUCUUGCUAGAGGAAGAUAGUUGUUCCGGCAAGGAGUUAGGCAGACGGCGCAGCUCGGCGCAAUCGACGCGAAAACCUAGCGUUGCCUUCGAGAUAGUCAAACCAACACACGGUAGAAAUCUUAUCGUGCGGCCAUCAAGUUCGCCGACACGACAAGAGCACGAAAACCUGUAGAGAUCUUGAAAAUAAACCAAAAGUGAAAGACUAGUUAAUACUGUUUCGUCUUGCCGAUAGUAGCGAAUGACUAUCUAAGUCGCACCGAUGAUGAUAAGCAUAAAGCAACUUACCUUUAGUGAACAGAUAGUAUGUGUGAUUUAUGCAAAAUUUUACUAAGACUUACGACCAUUAUGCACAUGGUCACUAAAGUAGAUAAGAUCUCAACAUUGACUCUGAUUUACAAGUGAAAAUGCAUCUGUGUCAUCCUCAUCACUCUUGCAGUUAUCAGCAUUCUUGCAUUGUAGAACAGUGAUUUUCAGGAUUCAUUUUCUUCCUAAUUCUAAAAUGAACCGACGUUUCCAAAUUCUAAAAUGCACUCACACUCAUCUUCACGUCAUGGCAACCUCGCUCCGGCCGUUAAACAAUCAUUCUAGUAGAAACAAAAAAUGGAACAGAAAGGUAAGUAACUAAUCGAGAUAUUAAAGAAUAAAACAUGGCACACUGUUGUCC